CUGCGAGCUGCCCUGGCAGCAUAGGGGGCAAUUCCAAAUCAUCUCUAGAAAGGCCUCAGGAUCUUCUUCCCCAUUUCAAUCAACCAUAUGUAUUUGAAGUCUAAUGAUAAACAUUGCUGGACAGGGUGUUACAUUUCUCAGCGUUUUGUCUUCUUCUAACAAUCAACUGUAAACAAAAAAUCAAAACAAGAGGACAAGGUCUGCGGCAAUCUCCCAGGAAGCUGACAGUGUUGAAAUCUCUGCCCUAGCGAGCACUGUGUCCCCGGCACUGCAACUUUACCCUCUAAGUACAUGAAAUACGACUUCUAAAACCCCAGCUUCCUUAUUUUGAAGAGGGUGGUUUUCAAAAUACCUCAGGUCAUCGCAUUACUAUGAGUGCAUUAACAGGAGAAGUCGGGAGGGGAGAGAGCCUCUGUCCUCUCUCCAACUUUACCCAGUCUGGGCUGUCCUCCUCCUUGUAGGACCAAAACAAAGAUGAGACUGUAUAAAACUUUAGAAUCUUGACAUUCAUAACUGUCGCACAUAUGGGGACCUAGAAAAGGUUUUUGACUCCAAUCAGUGUCUCCCCUGCUUCUUCCUUCAUUUCAGGCUCAUUUCUCAAGAAAAAGUAGAUCCGUGGCGGGAGCAGGGUGAGGAAAAUCGUUUUUUAAAAUCAAGAAAGAGGAAGUGCUAGGGUACCAAAGACCAAAACCAACCAACAACUCAGGGGUUGCUGCAGAACAAGAGGCCUGUGGCAGGUGCUGGCCCUGACCUUGUGUAGAGAGGUUCCAGGGGACAUUUCAGAUACAGUUUCUGUCUUCAGGGAAAGGUUUCUCUUGGAGAACUACUGAGUGCCAAGCUGCCAAGGUCCCUGGGGGCUCAGAGAGGCAGGCUGAGUGGCUCAAGACGACUUCCAGAACAUUCAUGUUACUAAUUUCCAUUAGUAACAGACUGAAUCUACGUUUAUGGAAUGUCAAAAUAAAAACUGGAGAAUGGUUCUAUGAGGAACGAGCCAAGAAAUUUCCAACUGGAGGCAAACAUGAGACAGUUGGAGGGCAGCUCUUGCAAUCUUAUCAGAAACUGAGCAAAAUUUCUGUGGUUCCUCCUACUCCACCUCCUGUCAGUGAGAGCCAGUGCAGCCACAGUCCUGGCAGGUUACAGGAACUUGGUCAGUGUAGAGGAUUUAAUAAGUCCGUGGAAAAUUUGUUUCUGUCUCUUGCUACCCACGUGAAAAAGCUCUCCAAAUCCCAGAAUGACAUGGCCUCUGAGAAGCAUCUUCUUGCCACGGGCUCUGGGCAGUGUGCGGGCCAGACAGAGAGACGGAGCCAAUCUGACACUGCGGUCAACGUCACCACCAGGAAGGUCAGUGCACCAGAUAUUCUGAAAUCUCUCAAUCAAGAGGAUCCCAAAUGUUCUACUAACCCUAUUUUGAAGCAACAGAAUCUCCCAUCCAGUCCGGCGCCCAGUGCCAUAUUCUCUGGAGGUUUUAGACAUGGAAGUUUAAUUAGCAUUGAUAGCACCUGUACAGAGAUGGGCAAUUUUGACAAUGCUAAUGUCACUGGAGAAAUAGAAUUUGCCAUUCGUUAUUGCUUCAAAACCCAUUCUUUAGAAAUAUGCAUCAAGGCCUGUAAGAACCUUGCCUAUGGAGAAGAAAAGAAGAAAAAGUGCAAUCCGUAUGUGAAGACCUACCUUCUGCCUGACAGAUCCUCCCAGGGGAAACGCAAGACUGGAGUCCAAAGGAACACGGUGGACCCGACCUUUCAGGAGACCUUGAAGUAUCAGGUGGCCCCUGCCCAGCUGGUGACCCGGCAGCUGCAGGUCUCGGUGUGGCAUCUGGGCACGCUGGCCCGGAGAGUGUUUCUUGGAGAAGUGAUCAUUCCUCUGGCCGCGUGGGACUUUGAAGACAGCACAACACAGUCUUUCUGCUGGCAUCCACUCCGGGCCAAGGCAGAGAAAUACGAAGACAGCGCUCCUCAGAGCAACGGAGAGCUCGCAGUCCGAGCUAAGCUGGUCCUCCCUUCAGGGCCCAGAAGACUCCAAGAGGCUCAAGGGACAGAUGAGCUGUCACUUAAUGGCCAACUUUGUUUGGUAGUGCUGGGAGCCAAGAAUUUACCUGUGCGGCCAGAUGGCACCUUGAACUCAUUUGUUAAGGGCUGUCUCACUCUGCCAGACCAACAAAAACUGAGACUGAAGUCGCCAGUACUGAAGAAGCAGGCUUGUCCCCAGUGGAAACACUCGUUUGUCUUCAGUGGUGUAACCCCAGCCCAGCUGAGGCAGUCGAGCUUGGAGUUAACCGUCUGGGACCAGGCUCUCCUUGGAAUGAACGACCGCUUGCUUGGGGGAGCCAGGCUUGGUUCAAAGGGAGACACAGCUGGUGGCGGGGAUGCAUGCUCACAAUCGAAGCUCCAAUGGCAAAAAGUCCUUUCCAGCCCCAAUCUAUGGACAGACAUGACCCUUGUCCUGCACUGAUGCGAAGGCCUCGAGGUUCCAGGUUGCAGUGGGUGUGAAGCACUGUGCGUCUGCAGAGUGGGGCUGCAAACCAGGGGCAGGGUCCCAGCUGGAGACCCUUUGGACCUUGAGCAGUCUCCAUCUGCAGUCCUGUCCCACGGCUUAAACGCCUACUGGUAUCUGUGUAUAUUUAAGUUAAACACAAUAAUGUAUGUUACCUAAGCCUCUGGUGGGUUAUCUCUGAGAUGGAAAAAAUGGCCAGAUUUCAAUAAAUGUUGUUACC